AUGAUGAAAUGCGUUCCUUAUCUCGCUGCUUUUGCAGCAGCUUUUACAAGUGUUCAAGCCGGUCUCAACUUGGAUGCUGUUAACAACGUUGCUGUCUACUGGGGCCAAAACUCCGUCAAUACUCUUGGUACUGGCCACCAAGAGCGCUUGAGCUACUAUUGUGAAAGCGCCGAUGAGGUCGAUGUUUACAUACUCUCCUUCAUUACUAUGUACAACGGCCUGGGCGGCUAUCCUGAAACCAACUUCGCCAACGCAGGCAACAACUGCACUACCUUUGACGGGACUGAGCUGCUUGAUUGCCCGCAAAUUGCCGAAGAUAUUGUUACUUGCCAGGGUCUUGGAAAGACUAUUCUUCUGUCUACUGGAGGUGGCACAUACACCGAAGGUGGAUUCACCAGCGAGGCUGAAGCAACGGAAUUUGCCAAUCUUGUGUGGGAAGUCUUCGGACCUGUUUCUGACAACAGCUCUGUACUUCGCCCCUUUGGAACAGCAGUCGUUGAUGGAUUCGACUUUGACUUUGAGAACCUUGAAAUGAGCAACAUGCCCACUUACGCCAAUCAGUUGCGCAGCCUUUACGAAACUGAUACAUCCAAGACGUACUAUCUAACUGCCGCUCCACAAUGUGUCUAUCCAGAUGAAGCCGAUGGUCCAAUGCUUGCUGGCACUGUCUACUUUGACGCCAUUUGGAUUCAAUUCUACAACAACGGCUGUGGAAUCUCAAGCUUCACAGCAGGUUCUGAAACCCAAUGGAACUUCAACUUCGACACUUGGGACAACUGGGCCAAGACCGUCUCUUUGAACCCUAAUGUCAGAGUCAUGAUGGGAGUCCCUGGCAACACGGGGGCUGGAGGCGGCUAUGAACCACCUGCUACUAUCGGCGAAGUCAUCGACUAUGUCAUCGAUAACAACUACACCUCGUUUGGCGGUAUCAUGGUCUGGGAUGCAAGUCAAGCCUGGGAGAACACCGGUUUCAUUUCUUCAGUAUAUGCCUAUUUGCCUACCGGCACGUCCACUCCUUCACCUACGACUUCCACCGUCGUUACAUCGAGCACUAGCACCACGAGCAGCAGCACAUCUACUUCUACUACUUUGAUCACCACUACUGCUCCCACUACCACUUCCACCACCACCACAUCCUCAUCCACAACAACCAGCACCGCCCCAACAUCCACAAGCAGCACCUGCCCUGUCGCCGGAGCUUCCUGCUCUAAUAGUGGCGAAUACCGCUGCACUGGUAGCAGCUUCGGUAUUUGCGACAACGGUGCAUGGGUAAUUCAGUCUUGCCCUUCCGGUGAUGUCUGUGUCCAGGAUGGUUCCUCGCUUUACUGCGCCGCUUCUGGCUCCAGUGAGCCUGUCUGCGCUUGA